AUGAUUUCCAAGGAAGAAGCAAAGCAACAGGAUCAAAGUAAAAAAGCAUAGAAGAACAAAAAUAAAAAGAAGGAAGCCAAAGGAAACAACAAAAAGAAUCAGAAGGAUGUUGAUUCGGAUGAUGACUUCUUAGAUUAAUUAAUAUAAUAAAAUUAAGAAGCUUAGAAAUAGUAAUAAAUUCAAUAAUAAUAAUAAUAAUAAUAAAUAAUCUAAGAUAAGAAAAAGCAAUUGGGACCAGAUUACGUUGAUGGCGAUCCCAUUGUAUAUAUUCUUAAUUAUAUUUAAAGACUAAUUCAAGAUUCGUGGAUAAUUCCGGGAUCAGAAAGCUAGGGAAUUGGGAAGAGAAGGAGUGGAAUCAAACUCAGCCACCCACAAUCCCAGUUUCCAAAUAGUUUCCUCAAGGUGUGUAUCCAAAAGGAUAAGAAAUUCCAUAUUUGGGUGAGAAGUCAUCAAGGAUCAGCAAAGAUGAAAUGAGAGAAAAGGAUUUGAUUCAUGAACAUUAAUUGUAAUCCUUAAGAAAGGCUGCUGAAUGUCAUAGACAAGUGAGAUAAUAUGCUUAAGCCAAAUUGUUGAAGCCAGGAAACAAGUAAAUUGAUAUCAUUACAUGUGUAGAUUGAUUGAUAUUUGCGAGAAAUUGGAAGAUAUGAAUAGAUAUUUAGUGGAGGAAAACGGAUUAAAUGCAGGCAUAGCAUUUCCAACAGGUUGUUCCCUGAAUUUCUGUGCUGCACAUUACACACCAAAUAAUGGAGACAAUACAAUUUUAACAUAUGAUGACGUUUGCAAAAUAGAUUUUGGAACAUAAGUUGAUGGCUGGAUUAUCGAUUGUGCAUUCACUGUUGCAUUCAAUCCAGUUUAUGAUACUCUAUUAUAAGCAGCUAAAGAUGCAACUGAUACUGGAAUCAAAAAUUCUGGAAUUGAUGUUAGAUUAGGAGAUGUGGGAGCAGCAAUACAAGAGACCAUGGAGAGUUAUGAAGUUGAAAUUGGAGGCAAAGUUUAUAAAGUUAAAUCAGUAAAAAAUUUAAAUGGACAUUUGAUCUGUAAAUAUCAUAUUCACGGGGGUAAAAGUGUUCCAAUCGUCAAAUCAAAUGAUAACACUUUAAUGAGAGAAGGAGAACUUUAUGCAAUCGAAACAUUCGGAUCAACUGGCAAAGGAUAUGUAAAUGAAGAUUUGGAAUGUUCUCAUUACAUGAAAGAUUUCUAUGCUAAACCUACAGCUGUUAGAGUGCCAAAGGCUAAAUCACUCUUAACUCACAUUGAUAGUCAUUAUGAUACUUUGGCAUUCUGCAGAAGAUUCCUUGAUAGAGAUGGCUAAUCCAAUUACCUGUUGGGAUUGAAGAAUCUAUGCGAUCUUGGGAUAGUUAACCCGUAUUAAAUUAUGUGUAAUAUCAUAGAUAUCCUCCUCUUUGUGACAUCAGAGGCUCUUAUGUAUCAUAAUAUGAGCAUACUAUAUUCUUAAAGCCAAGCUGUAUAGAAGUAAUUUCUAGAGGUGAUGAUUAUUGA